GCUCCUGCAGGGACGAUGUCGCCUCCCAAAGAAAACGUCAGCUUGCUGUUCAAGCUGUACUGCCUGACAGUGAUGACCCUGGUUGCUGCAACCUACACGGUCGCGCUGCGCUACACGAGGACGGUGCAGACAGAGCUCUACUUUUCAACCACAGCUGUGUGCAUCACUGAGGUCAUCAAGUUGUUCCUGAGCAUGGGCAUCUUGGCUAAAGAAACUGGAAGCCUGGCAAGGUUAAUAACAUCUUUGAGAGAAAAUGUCUUUGGAAGUCCUAUAGAAUUGCUCAAACUAAGUGUUCCAUCUUUGGUCUAUGCUCUUCAAAACAAUAUGGCAUUUGUGGCUCUUAGCAACUUGGAUGCUGCAGUCUACCAGGUGACAUACCAGCUGAAGAUCCCUUGUACAGCCUUGUGUACAGUCCUGAUGCUGAACCGCAGCCUUAGCAAGCUGCAGUGGUUCUCUGUCUUCAUGCUGUGUGGUGGUGUCACCCUCGUUCAGUGGAAGCCAGCUCAGGCUACCAAAGUACAGGUGGAGCAGAACCCGUGGCUGGGGUUUGGAGCCAUUGCUGUGGCUGUGCUGUGUUCGGGAUUUGCAGGAGUUUGCUUUGAGAAGAUCUUAAAGAGUUCAGAUACUUCCUUGUGGGUGAGGAACAUUCAGAUGUACUUAUCUGGGAUUGUGGUGACCUUGUUUGGUGUGUACAUGUCCGAGGGAGCCCAGGUGCUGGAGAAAGGCUUUUUCUAUGGCUACACCUCCUACGUCUGGUUUGUCAUCUUUCUUGCCAGCGUGGGUGGUGUCUACACUUCGGUGGUUGUUAAGUACACAGAUAACAUCAUGAAAGGCUUUUCUGCAGCAGCAGCCAUUGUGCUCUCUACCGUGGCAUCAGUUCUCCUCUUUGGCCUCCAGAUAACUGUUACCUUCUCCUUGGGUGCUUUCUUGGUAUGUAUUUCUAUUUACCUCUAUGGAUUGCCACGACAAGACACUACAAAAAUCCAGCCAGCAGAGACAAAAACAUCCAAAGAGAGACUUGCUACUGUGUGACAGUGUCCCUAAAAAUGGACAGAUGAGAGAAAAAAUGGACUUAAAAGACAAAACAAAAAGCAUCUUCUUUUAAAAUAGCCUUAAGCUAGUCAUGGAAUGUGAGCUAGACUAAAAGCAGAAGUUAGUUCUGUUUUACAAGGGCAGUUGCCACGGCUGAUGUGAAGCUGUUACUGCCCAGGAGCUGGAUGGGUGUUUUACUGCAGGUGUUCUUCAUUCUCAGGGGACAGUGAAGAGUCCCAUAAAGCAGGAUGAAGGAGCUGAACACUCAGCUGUAUAUGAUGUACAUAGCAGGGGAGGGGGAGGGCUGGGAAUUUGUUCUUUGUGUAUUUGAUAAACUGUCUUGCCCUCUGAGGGCAAAAAUGCUCAAAGGCUUCAUAAAAAUCUGUUAACAAAGA